CUACUACCGGAGCCGCCAGGGCAUAAACUCACAGCAUCCCCCGCCAGCACGAGCUAAAGGUUCAGGAUCACCGGACUGAGCGAGAGGGGAAACACUCUUUUUUUUAAAUAUAUUUUGGGAGUGUGAUUCUGUUUCUUGCUUCUGAACAGUGGAUACGCUGCCAUGUCAAAGUGCACUGAAUUAUUUACCGGCAUGCGUGUCUUGUGUGACAGCUCUGCCCGAGAAGCAUUUUAUUAGACUGGCACACGGAGGCUCCUCUCACUUCAGAGCGCCGGGACAACCACCCUGCUCCGGUCUGCAGCUUCCUGUGUUGAAAUCUACAUGUUGGUUGAAUAGUGUGUUUUUCCCCGGAUCCACUAAAGGACUGAUACUUUUUUUCUUCGUUUGGCUUUUCCACCUGAAGGAGGACGUGUCUGUUUUUUGGACGCAUGCGGGGAGACACCGCUGCUGACACCUGAUCGACUGGCUUCUCUACGCACCUUGACCCGGGUGCUCCAGGCGACUCAAGGAGGGAGAAGGCACAUACCCGGCCAAUGCACGGCCUCUGCUGCUGAUUUUGUGUGCGUGCUUCAUUUGUGGGGUUGUAGCCCAGCCAAAGCCAUGGUCCACUGCGCCGGCUGCGAGAGGCCUAUUCUGGACCGCUUCCUGCUCAACGUGCUGGACAGAGCAUGGCACGUCAAGUGCGUGCAGUGCUGCGAGUGCAAAUAAGGUUUGGCACGAAGUGCGGAGGCUGUUCGCAGGGCAUCUCUCCCAACGACCUGGUCCGGAGGGCCCGGAGCAAAGUUUUCCACCUCAACUGCUUCACCUGCAUGAUGUGCAACAAGCAGCUGUCCACCGGAGAGGAGCUUUAUAUCAUAGACGAGAACAAGUUCGUUUGUAAAGACGAUUACCUAAACAACAGCAGUGUAAAGGACGCCAGCCUCCUCUCAGUAACGGCAUGCAGCGACCCCAGUUUAUCACCCGACUCUCAAGACCAGCUCCAGGACGACGUGGUCCUGAAGGACACGGAGAUCGCCGCCCUGUCCGACAAAGAAACGGUAAAUAACGAGAACGACGACCAGAACCUGGGAGGGAAGCGGCGUGGCCCGCGGACCACCAUCAAGGCCAAACAGCUGGAGACACUGAAGGCGGCGUUCGCUGCCACCCCGAAACCCACCCGGCACAUCAGGGAGCAGCUGGCCCAGGAGACCGGACUCAACAUGAGGGUCAUCCAGGUCUGGUUCCAGAACCGACGUUCCAAAGAGAGGCGCAUGAAGCAGCUGAGCGCCCUGGGCGCCAGGAGGCACGCGUUUUUCCGCAGCCCGAGGCGGAUGAGGACGCUGGUGGACCGGCUGGAGCCCGGGGAGCUGAUCCCGAACGGGCCCUUCUCUUACUAUGGAGAUUAUCAAAGCGAGUACUACGGCCCGGGAGGGAACUAUGACUUCUUCCCUCAGGGGCCUCCGUCGUCACAGGCCCAGACCCCGGUCGAUCUCCCCUUCGUGCCCUCCUCAGGCCCCACGGGCACCCCCCUCGGAGGUAUGGACCACCCCCUGCCGGGCCACCACCCCUCCAGCGAGGUGCAGCGUUUCUCCGAUAUUAUGUCCCACCACCCGGGGGACUCUCCCAGCCCAGAACCCGGCAUCCCAGGACCCCUGCACAGCAUCUCCUCUGAAGUGUUCGGCCCUAGUCCACCCUUUACCUCACUGUCGCUGAAUGGCAGCGGAUACAACAACCACCUGUCCCACCCGCCCUCGGAAAUGAACGAGGGCACUGUGUGGUAGCUCUUUGAGAGAGUGGACUCGACUGAACGGAGGGUGGUGAGGUUUGUGCUGUUGGGGGCUGGGGUCGAGAACAGGGAAAAGGAUAUCGACAGGGUUAGGGCAACGCCAUUGAAUCCUUUUUUAUUUUUUCAUAUUUAUUUAUUUAUUUUCCCUAUUGAUUUGGUGAUCUUUUUUUGUGGGGAAAGCGUAUCUGGCAUAAUGCUUAAAAACAUUGUCUUCAGUAUUGUGUUUGGGUGUUUGAAUUGCUUUUUUAAUCCCCCCCCUCCAUUCAAAACUGGACCCACAAAAAAAAAUGGGCGAGAAUGCUGAACUGCCCCCCAUUCACCCCUCCUUUCUUUGGGCCCCUGGGCCCCCCUGUGACCCCUCCUGACUCCUGUCAGUGGCCCCCUAACACUCACCGCUGGGUUAAAAAACAACCCUUUGGAAAUCUCCUAUAGUACGCCCGAACAGGAAAACAUCAUUAGCUACUGUCAAAGACUUGAAUAGCUUUCCACAGAGAGAAUAAAGGGGCGAGGGCUGAUCGCGUGCUGACCUGGCCUCGUACGAAGGCUGAGCUGCGUUCAGACUAUGUUCGAGGUACAACACUUGUCCCUUGUAUUUAUUCAGAAGCUCCUCAGACCUCUUUGCCUCUCAAGGCUCUGCCAUAUUGACACUUAACCUUUUUGACACAAUGUUUCCGAAGGCCAGAGGAAAUGACAAUUUUUCCUCCGUCUGGACUAUAUGUUUCUUUUCUUUUUUUUCUUUUUGUGGUUUCAGAAUUUCCACCAAAUCUGAAGAAGGCAAACAGUAAAAUCCCUCUACGGAUUGCAAACCCUUUAUUUAAAAUGGAAGUGAACUUGAAAUGUUGAAAUGAAGUCUACCUUCUAAAAAUCUUUUACUGGGCUUCUAAAUGGGACUUAGAACAGUCAACUGUUUACGUGAUCUAUUAAAUUCAGGAGUCCAGAAGUUUCGAACACCAUGUUUUAGAACCUCUCGAUCCAUAUAAAAAUGUUCCAAGCAACCAACCAAACUUUUGUAUUGAUUUCAUUUAUAUUGUAUGGAGAUAAAAACAUAUUUGCGGGGGUUGUGGUUCACUGUGCUAGUUUGUACAAGAUGUUGUUUACAAAAAAGGUGAAAAAAACAAACAAAAAAGAUCCGGUAUCAGUAAAGUAGACAUUUGCCAAAUAAAAAAAAUAGCACAAAUCCUGUUAAAGUGCUUUGAACCAUCAUCUGCAGAAUGUGUUGAGACAAAAUGUAAGUGUUAAAAGAAGCAAUUUACUUCUUAAUUUUUUAGUCUGACAAUACAUUCAUACAAUUGUUAAUAUAACAUACUUAGACAGGUUUUAUUUUUGUGUUUUCCAAGGAGAGAAAUACAAACUAUUAAAAAUUGAUGGUCAAAUAUGCAGCUAGUAGCUGCUGGAUCUCUUUGAAUUUCAAGUCCUCAUAGUAUGUCUUUUAUUGUUCCAAUAAACCGAAGCUUAUGUGACCUCCAGUGCAUAUUAGACCAUUCACUGUGUAAAUACAACAUGUUGAUAAAAAAUGUGUUUCUAAUAAAACUAGAACAUAUACUUACUUACAUUUUCUUUGAAGCAGUUAUCUUACAGUAUCCCCUUACUGUACAUCACAGUGUAUUAAUGAUCACAAGGUGUCU